UUUUUUUUGUUUUUCCGGGCGGCCCCGGCGGCUGCGUACUGGUUGUGGGAUGGGAAGUGAAGCCCCGGCGAGCGGCUGCGGCGGGGCUGUGAGCAGCAGCCGAGGGGCGGCGGCGGCGAGUCCGUGAGCGGCAGCUGCGAAGAGCGGAGCCCGGGCGGAGCACCUGCAGGCACGGGCGGCGGCCGCACCAUGGCGAUUCGCAAGAAGAGCACCAAGAGCCCCCCGGUCCUGAGCCACGAAUUCAUCGUGCAGAAUCACGCGGACAUCGUCUCUUGUGUGGCGAUGGUCUUCCUGCUGGGGCUCAUGUUCGAGAUAACAGCAAAGGCUUCUAUUAUUUUUGUUACUCUUCAGUACAAUGUGACCCUCCCUGCAACAGAAGAACAAGCUGCUGAAUCAGCAUCCCUUUAUCACUAUGGUAUCAAAGAUUUGGCUACAGUUUUCUUCUACAUGCUAGUGGCGAUAAUUAUUCAUGCCAUAAUUCAAGAGUAUGUGUUGGAUAAAAUUAAUAGGCGAAUGCACUUCUCCAAAACGAAACACAGCAAGUUUAAUGAAUCUGGUCAACUUAGUGCAUUCUACCUUUUUGCUUGUGUUUGGGGCACAUUCAUUCUAAUCUCUGAAAACUACAUCUCAGACCCAACUAUCUUGUGGAGGGCUUAUCCCCAUAGCCUGAUGACGUUUCAAAUGAAGUUUUUCUACAUAUCACAGUUGGCUUACUGGUUUCAUGCGUUUCCUGAACUUUACUUCCAGAAAACCAAAAAAGAAGACGUUCCCCGUCAGCUUGUCUACAUUGGCCUUUACCUCUUUCACAUUGCUGGAGCUUAUCUUUUGAACUUGAAUCAUCUGGGACUUGUUCUUCUGGUGCUGCAUUAUUUUGUUGAAUUUCUUUUCCAUAUUUCCCGCCUGUUUUAUUUUAGUGACGAAAAGUAUCAGAAAGGAUUUUCUCUGUGGGCAGUUCUUUUUGUUUUGGGAAGACUUCUGACAUUGAUUCUCUCCGUGCUCACUGUCGGUUUUGGCCUUGCAAGAGCAGAGAACCAGAAGCUGGAUUUCAGCACGGGGAACUUCAAUGUGCUGGCUGUAAGGAUCGCUGUUCUGGCAUCCAUUUGCAUCACCCAGGCAUUCAUGAUGUGGAAGUUCAUCAAUUUCCAGCUUCGGCGGUGGAGAGAACAUUCUACUUUUCAGGCACCAGUUGUGAAGAAGAAACCAGCAGUGACUAAGGGCAGGGCUUCUAGAAAAGGAACAGAAAAUGGUGUAAAUGGAACAGUGACUUCAAAUGGAGCCGACUCUCCCCGUAAUAGAAAAGAGAAAUCUUCAUAAUGAAUGAUAAACUAAUUGAUUAAUGUCCCCAAAGAAAUCUGCUUUUUACUAUAACUUUCAGCACUAGAUAUUUUUCUGUUCUUUGGAAAUACAGUUUGUGCUCUUUGAUUCUUGCUGUUGUACUGUUUCAUGCAUUUUUUAAAGGGUGUUUGAGGGGAGGGGGAUUACUGUGAGUGAAAAUAUACUUUAGCUCAGACUAAGCUACUUGCCUUCAAAAUAGUUUAGGGACCACCACCAUAUUUUAUUUGGUUUUAUAUCUUUGAACAUUUUUAUAAUGAUUUCGAGAAAAAACUAUCCCACAUAUCAGUGAUACAGUUUCUUGCUCUCACCAGUUUUUUAUAUUAUCAAGGUGACCUGUUCUAACAAGGUCAUAUUUUUUAGGUUAUCUUUCAGGGCAAAAUGGAAAUACCAUAAAGUUGGAUGUCAAACUUUAAUAUGUUUUCAGUGUCCUCUAAUUUUUAGGAAUUUUUGUAGCAUUUACACCUGAAAAAAAAAAAAAGGAUUUGUAAAGAUCACAAAAAUAAUUGUGUGCUUUAUUUUAUAGUUAGUGGUUGUUAGUGUUACAUGCCCAGUUACCAAAACAAAACAAA